CUAAAAUCGGGUGACAACUUGACAUGCGUCAAAUCGAAUUCUCAACACCAGAACUUUCACCUACAAUAUCACCAGAAUGACCGAGAACUCUGUCAACCCACAACUACAAGAACAAUCGCAUCUCCUUAAUUGUGCGAUUCACGCUGCGUCACGAGAACGUCUUCAGAUUACCAUCAAAAAGCUUUCUCUGGCAGUGCCUCAUGUCUGGGACCAUUUGAUUAAUGAAUAUCUGGUAACAGAAGACUCUGCGCGCCAGGAGGGUGAUGCUUCCAAGAGCGAUGCAAGUGAUCCAGAAAAUAAAAGCGACGAAAUUGGAGAUGGAAAAGAGGAGAAAGUCCAGGCCCAACCUAAACAAUUGGCAGGGUCGAAACGGUUGAGAAGUCGAUACGCUUUCUGCGAUCAAUGCGAGAAGGAAUUCGACAUUACGACGAAUACGAGCAAGUCGUGCAGAUAUCACCCAGAUAUGUCAUACCCCGAUGAUGAGUUUUUUCCUGAUUGGGAUGAGGAUGGCCCACAUGGCCCGAUUGAUUGUGAUGAUGUACGCGAGAGUCACCCUGAAGGCUUCAUUUAUGGGUGCUGUGACCAGGAUUCAUUACAGGCGGGAUGUGAGAUUGGAUGGCAUAACGAGUCGUAUUCAUCCAAGAGGCCAAAGGGGUGGUAAUAUUGCCAUAUUCAACUGACGAUAAUGUGAUUUGUGAUGUAUCUGAUCAACACAGAACAUGUCAAAUCUUUGACACGCGUCGAAAUAACUAUCCCC